CAGCCCUACAAAACAUUUUGUUUACACGCGUUCAAACGUCAAAGAGAAGGGUGAUUUCUAAUCCAAUUGACAUUUGCAGAGUAUUCCUUGCUUGCCAUUCGAGCAAUUUCUAGCUUUAUAAGAAGUUUGGGAAACUUCUCCUAAGAAAAUUGGAGAGAGUCGACCAUGGCGUUGAGAAGUGGGGCACGAUACAUCUCUCGGAGGCUGUCUUCGGGGGGAAAAAUCCUCAGCGAAGAGGAGAAAGCAGCUGAAAAUGUGUACAUUAAGAAAAUUGAGCAGGAGAAGUUGGAGAAACUUGCACGCAAGGGUCCCAAACCAGAGGAGCAAGCAGCAAGUGGUGCUAAACCAUCUGCCACUGAGAGCAAAUUAAGCGACGAUGCAUCGUCAACUUCAACAUCAAGGGUCUCAACCGACAAGUAUCGCAAUUAUGCCGUUCUCUCUGGUUUUAUAACUGCAGUUGCUGCAUUCGGGUGGUACCUCAAAUCAAGUAGCAAGAAACCAGAGGAGGUCCAGGACUGAGUGCCGUUGGUGCUCUUCUCAGGGCAUUCUUCACUUCUCUCUCUCUCUCUCUCUGUGGACUUACUAGAACAGCAAACUGUUUCUGAUGCUCUCUACAUUUUGGUACCCAAGUUUCUUUGUUCCAUUUUCCAGUUUCUGAUGGACUCUGUUUGAUUUUCCCAGUUUUCAUUUUUCCUGUUACUGGGACCUGGAAUCUAUGUCAUUUUUGGUACGAGGUAUGACAAGAAUGAAAGUUUUGUUGCGCUUCCUGUACAUUCCUUGACUGUUAUUUUCAUAAGCAUUCCAUGCUCGGCAUUGA